AUGGCAGCAGCCCCAUCACCGUUGGACUGUCCGAUAGUUUCGAUCAAUGUCCGCGUUUGGCGCUUCUGGUCGUUCGUUCUGCGGCACAACUUUAUGCGCUACGUCAGCGUUAUCCCAGUAGGCGUGAUGACGACCUUUAUGUUUACCGAUCUCUACCGUGCCUGGGGCAACAUCGACGAGGUGAUCAUCAACGCCUUCUUCGCCGUGCUGUGGUUCAAUGCGUUGAUUCGAGGAUUAAUGUUAAUAUUUAAUCGAGAAAAGUAUGAAGGCUUUCUAGGACGCAUCGCUGCAGUCUACCAAGAAAUUGAAACCAUCGACGAUGAGUUGAUCCAAAACAUGGUCAGAAAUAUCACACGAAAGGCUCGUAAUAUCUCAUUUGCUAACCUAUGCUUGGGUGCCUUCAUCAGUGCCGGUUACGUUUUGUAUCCACUAUUUGCCGAAGACCGUCGACUGCCGUACGGAAUGUUCCUUCCCGGAUUUGAUAACUUCAAAUCACCACAAUACGAACUGAUAUAUCUGAUUCAAGUGAUUCUAACAUUUCCCGGCUGUUGUAUGUACAUUCCGUACACUAGCUUCUUUGUAACAUGUUCACUAUUUGGUCAACUUCAAAUAAAGGUUGUUCAGCAGCAACUGCGGGAUUUACAGAUAAACAAAAAGCAAAUCGAUAGUAGACUGACAGCUGUCAUAAAACAACAUCAACGAGUCAUCAUUUACGUUCGGGAACUGAACUCUUUAGUAACCUACAUCUGCAUGCUGGAACUGGCUUCAUUUGGAACGAUGCUUUGUGCUUUACUGUUCCUGUUGGUCAUAAUUGACAAUUUCGCUCAAGUUGGCAUCGUCAUAUCGUACAUUUUUAUGAUAAUUUCGCAGAUUUUUGCCUUCUACUGGUACGGGAAUGAAAUUCGCGAGGAAAGUAUGGCCAUUGCGCUGGCCGCCUACAGUGGACCGUGGCUGGAGCUGGACACGAAGAUUAGAAAAAUGCUUCUGCUGAUUAUUCUCCGAGCGCAGCGGCCUUUGCAGAUUACCGUUGGAAACGUGUAUCCGAUGACGCUGGAAAUAUUCCAAUCACUGCUGAAUGCAUCCUAUUCCUAUUUUACUCUACUAAGACGGGUUUAUAAUUGA